AUCUGCGAGCUCGCGACCUCCCUCCAUUGGGAAAGCUCGAGCUGAACUGAGGGGAGAGAAAACAGACCCUGGCUAGCCCUGGAAAACCUUUUAAACGAUGCGUUUGUCGCAGCUCGUGGAGACGUAACGUUUGAGAGAAGACAUGUACGGUACCGGCGGAGGUUAAAAUGUCAGGUUCACGGAACAGAGGGAUUUUUAAAGCUCCGCUAGAUGAGCAGCGGGAGAGGCUUCAUUAGCGAGCUAACUGACGCUAACUAAACUUCGAGCCUGAGAGAGAAUUUGCCUUUGGGAUUAAAAACCAGGAUAUACCUCCAGUUUUUCCGUUUUUUUUCAUCACCUCCUAGAAGGUCCAGCUUAAUUUGUCCGGAGGAACACGUGAAAUAAUCGCUUUGUUUACCGCUUGCACAAUUCCAGCAUUGAUUCGCGCAGAAAUGAGAUUAGAGAGUCGCUUUGUGAGGCAGGCCAUGAACUCAACCACAUCAUUAACUAGAGAUCUGCUUAUAUAAACUACUCACAUUCUGCUGCUGGACUAGUUCGCAAAGAAAGAAGAUAUCGAGGCGUAAAGCUGCUGUUACCGAUCAUGUUUUGUAUGUCAAGAAUCGGAUGAAAGAGCAUCGGGAUUAUUACUGUCUUCUGUCUUCUUUUCAUUGCUGGGAUUUUUAAAACACGCACAAAUAGAGGAAUAAGAUGUCUAGUGCAAAAGAAAACACGUGUAGGAAAUUUCAAGCGAACAUUUUCAACAAAAGCAAAUGUCAGAACUGCUUCAAGCCUCGAGAGCUGCAUCUGCUGACGGACCAGGAUCUGAAUCAGGCCAAGCCGAUCUAUGGCGGAUGGCUGUGUUUGGCUCCAGAGGGGACGGACUUUGACAAUCCCAUGCAGAGAUCCCGGAAAUGGCAGCGGCGAUUCUUCGUCCUGUAUGAACAUGGCUGCUUGCGCUUCGCACUGGAUGAAUCGCCAAGCACGCUACCACAGGGGACCGUCAACAUGAACCUGUGCACUGACGUGAUCGACGCCGAGCCCAGGACGGGACAGAAGAACGCGCUGUGCAUCAUCACCCCCGAGCAGGAGUACUACAUCAGAGGAGACAACAAGGAGAUCAUCAACGGAUGGACUGAACAGCUAGUGGUUUAUCCCAGAACCAACAAGCAAAAUCAAAAGAAGAAGCGCAAAGUGGAGCCAGCAACCUCACAGGAACCAGGCCCAGCGAAGGUCGCGGUGACCGGCUCGGGCAUCCCUGAAGCGGAGAAGACGCCAGACUCCAGUUCCAUCAUAUGGCAAGAGGAGCUGCAAAGCAGAGAGGCGGACGUUUCCCAGACAUGGACCGCCAGCGACAUGCCACCUCUCGGCUCACCACUGCCCUCUGCAGGUGAGGGAUCGAUGGCGAGUCGGUGCUCCGAUCAGAGCUCGGUGAACGGUGACGAAGUGGAGCGGAGCGGGCUCUCCUUCCACUCGGCGGUUUCCCAGCCCUCUCACGACCCGCUGUCGCCCACAGGCAGCUCGUCCAGCCGGCACAGCGCAGAGAUGGGAGGCGUCCCGCGCUGCCUGUCUCCUGCUCCCAGCGACCCUUUCCCAUCAGGCAGCAGCCUGCUGUCCAACGGUUCCCACAUUAGCGGCUCCAUGAGUUCUCUGGAUUCGGAUGCCAGCGGCAGCACCGUCACCAGCACCGACAGCCACCCGGCCGAACCGAUGGGACGCCCGCACCGCGCUCUGCCCCGUCGCAGCGACGCCGCCGACCCUCGUAAGCCAGAGAAACGCAGCCGCCUCCGCAGUCCAGAAAGACAGGACAAAGAGUCUGUGUUUAGCCCGGAGAGAAGUGGCCGCUCGAAUGUGAUCGAGAAGCUGGAGGCGUUGGAGCUGGAGCACGCUGAGCAGAUGGAGGUGGAGGAGACGAGCCGCGGUGGAGUCCGACAGGGCCGCAGUGAAAUGAGACGCUUCCAGAGGGAGGAGCAGAAGAUGGACCCGGCCCAGGGUUUAGACUUCCAUCACUCCACCCUGCCUCCUCUGAGAAGAGCCAAAUCACUGGACCGCAGGACCACCGAAUCAGUCAUGACCCCAGACCUGCUGAACUUCAAGAAAGGUUGGAUGGUGAAACUUGAUGAACAAGGCCAGUGGAAGAAGUAUUGGUUUGUGCUGACAGAUCACAGUCUUCGAUACUACAAGGAUUCUAUUGCUGAAGAGGCGUCUGAUCUUGAUGGAGAGAUUGACCUCAGUACAUGCUAUAAUGUCACAGAGUAUCAGGCUCAACGGAACUAUGGCUUCCAGAUUCAUACUCAAGAGGCGGUGCACACGCUCUCCGCUAUGACCGCAGGAAUACGACGCAACUGGAUCCAAGCAGUCAUGAAAAACGUCCGGCCGUCCACCGCCCCAGAUGUUGCGAGCCUGACGGACGAGCACGGCUCCUGUGGACCGUUUGAGAGUCUAGCCCGGCCUGACAUCACUCAGGACUCCCCGUCCUCUGAAGCGUCAGUAGAGCGGGAAGGUGGAAUAAAGAAGAGCCGGGCGAGAGAACGGAGGCGAGAAGGAAGGUCCAAAACCUUUGACUGGGCCGAGUUUCGUCCCAUCGCCCAGGCUCUGGCCCAGCAGAGAGCGCACGAGGCCGACACCUUCCAGGCUGAGCUGACGGAGCGCAACAAGAGGAGGGAGGAGCGCCGGAGGAGGUACGAGAGUGUCACCGGCUCGUCCUUCGAUCCUCCUGCUGCUGACACUGCGAAGAUGGACUUUGAAAGUGGGGGCGUGGUCCAGGUAGAUGCUCCGCCCCCAUCGGUGGAGCGGCAGCAGAGAGUGGAGGACGAGAUAGAGCAGCGCUGGCAGCAGGUGGAGAAGACGCCCAUCAGGGAGGAGAGGAGGGUGCCUUUGCCCUCAACCCAUCAGAGCAGAGACACAUCCGAGCUGGAGAAACUCGUUGAGAGCUACAAAAAAGGGGUUGAAGAGCUGAAGGCUCAGUUGGAGAGCUGCCACCAGCAGUUAAUGGACUCCAAUCGGCACAAGCUGGAGCUGGAGGGUCAGCUCAAAAACGCUCUCGAGCGGGAACAGCAGAUCCGCGCUGGUUACAUUUCACCGCUGGAGUCCCCUUUGAGUCUUGAGACAGAGCCACAGAUGAAGAGGACUGAACUGGUUAGUUCUCAAGCUCAGAGCUUAACAAAGAAGUACCAGGAAACCAAAGAGCUCCUGCAGCUGCAAGAACUGAAAAAGCGCAACAUGCAGGCACAGCUUGGCCUUUCUCUCUCACACUGGCCCACAAAGGAACCUUGCCUUUCUGACACCAAAAAAACUGCCACCUCAGAGGUCUGUCCCUCAAACUCCAUUCAAAAAACAGUCAGUUUCACACUUCAGGAUAGUGAGGGAAAGAUUAGAGAGCUCGAGGGCUUGAUAGACGCAAGUGAGCCUCUGACGUUGAGGGAGCUGAUAAAGCUCAUGCACUCGCAUAGCGAAUACAUUUGGGUAGAAUCUCUUCAAGGACAGGAAGGAAGUGAGUACAGUAGGUCAGUAGGCGAAAUGAUGCAAUGCCAGAAACUGUUGGAAAGCCUCAAGAACCAACAGGAAAUUGAGAAUGAGACAAUGAGGAAAAGCUUGGAAAGGGCUGGAGACUGUAUCCGAGACUAUGAAGCUCGUUUGGUCAACAUGGAGGACAUGUUGGGAAGAGUCCAGAUGCAGAAAAUGGAGAAUCCGUAUGCAUCAGGUUGCUAUAGAGAAGACCAUCCUGAAAUGACCAGCAGAGAUCUGUCGCAGCAGGUGGAGUUGCUUGCGAACGAAAACGUAGCUUUGAACCAGCGCUAUCAGGAAAUUGUUAACCAGUUGAGAGAAGCGGAUCGAGAAAUAGACAGGCUGAAAGCAGAGCUUUGUAGACUGCAUAGCAGUCAGAAAUAUACGCAAGCCAACGUGAACCGGGAGCAGGAAGACAACGGGACCGCUUAUAAAAAUGUGUACGAGCGAGAACUCAGUGAAAAAUCGCAGAAGCUGCAAGAGGCUCUUGUUAAAUUGGAGACGCUUGGUAAUAAUUUGAAAGAUACAGAGAAAAGAUUGCAAUUAAAAGAAGCCACUCUUAGGGGUCUGGGAUUUCAGGUGGCAGAAAGCGAAGGCGAUAAAGAGUUCGAUUUGGAGAAAGACGAACUCAAGCGCCAAUUGGAGGUCCUUCAGUCCGAGCUUUCAGAGAAGGAGAAGAAGCUUCAAAAUGCUGAGCAGGUCUGUCGAGAACUUCAGCACCAGAAUACAGAGCUCCUUACGAAACACGAAGAGACCGCAAGGAUGUUUAGUCAGAUGCUUGUAGAUUCGCGAACGUUGAAACCGAAGGCAGGAACUCAAGCAACGUUUGGUAGUGAACCAGAAACAGAAAGUGGUGGAUGCCAAGAGUUGAUGCAGAGAGAAGAAUCAGUCACAAAUGAAGAUGUAAUUGAGAAGGUCGUGGAAGAGUUCAAGAGAAAGUCGAAGUCUCUUAAUCAUGUACUUGACAUGUUGGUAAUUGGCAGUAAGGCAACUACAGAAUGGGAUUUGUCCAGCACCAACAUUUUGGAUGAGAAUCAGACAGGAUUGAUGUUUGAGAGAAGGAUUCUACGUGAAGUUUUAGGUGGUUUAGAGGACGGUCAGAAAGAGCGAACCCUUGAAGAUGCAAGAAACGUCAUUGAGCGUAUGCUAGUGGAUAAUAAAAUGCUGCUUCUUAUGAAUAAUAUCUCCAACCUCCAAGAACGUGCAACACCUGCAACUUGCACGGAUGAAAGCACUGGAAAAUGGAGUGAAGAGACAAUGAAAUCAAAUAUUUUGAAUCGCUGGUUUGAUCAUGCCACCAAUCCCUGCGUUAUGAAGAGUCUCGCUGAAGUCGUUGAGAAGAAAGUGGCGUUAUUGAAUCAGACCGCUUCGGUUCUUAGGGAACGAACAAAUGAGCAGCUACAGUCAUUGGCUUUGGCUCUUUCGAGCUGUGAUACUCAAAGAUGCUGGUCCGAGUACAUUCGUGAGGCCAUAAUGGACGUAACAUCCAUGUACUUUGUGGUUCUACAGAUCUUCCCAGAGAUGAAACGGUUAGACCUGUCUGCGUGUGCAAAUUGUGCUUCUUUGAGAGCACAACUUCAGUCUGAACUAGAGGAGAAGCAGGUUGCGUCAAGCGAUGUCCACAGUGGAGACUUAACGGCAGUCACCCACAUUCAGAUCGAAGGAGAACCAAUCGACUCUCUGGACAAGGCCAUACAGCUUCAGGACUCAAUGGCUAAGCAUAAAAAGGAGCUGCGAGAAUUAAAGGAGGUGUACGAACAAGAAGCAGAGAAGCUGAGACAGGAAGUGGCCAAGGCUGCUGAGAAUCUGAAGCUGAGAUCCGAGGAGAACGUGAAAGAGAUCGACUCCCUGACAGUGUGCAUGGAGAACCUCAAGAAGAAGCAUGAGAUGGAGUGUAAUAACUUACAAGCCCGCUUCAAUCGAGAGAUGGAAGAGCUUACGGACGUCGUCGGACCUGUUGAAGAAGAGCCUGGAGGGGAUGGCGAGCCAAACUCGACUUCCCUCAAAGUACGGAUCCAAAAGCUUGUGUCCCGGGUGUCCGAAUUGACUGAGGAAAUGAAUCGGCAAGAGCGUGAUGGGGAUGCAACAUUGCUGCGUCUGAAAUACGAGAAAGACUUGGAAAACCUAAAGGCUACGUGUGAACGAGGCUUCGCUGCCAUGGAAGAGUCUCACCAGAAGGUAAUAGAUGAGCUGCAGAAAAAGCACCAGCGGGAACUGGAGAAACUGCAGGAAGAGAAGGAGAGACUGCUGGCAGAGGAGACCGCGGCCACUAUCUCUGCUAUCGAAGCGAUGAAGAACGCACAUCGGACGGAGCUGGAGAAGGAGUUGGAGAAAGCGCGCAAGGCCAACAACAACACUGAAAACGCAGACAUCGAGGAAAUCCGCAAACAGCACGAGGAGGAGCUGAUGUCAUACCAGAGGGAGAUCGAGGUGCUGUCGGAGCAGUACUCUCAAAAGUGCUUGGAAAACGCUCAUCUGGCCCAAGCGCUGGAGGCCGAGAGGCAGGCGCUCAGACAGUGCCAACGGGAGAACCAGGAACUCAAUGCGCACAACCAGGAGCUAAACAAUCGUCUGGCAGCUGAGAUCACGAAGAUGCGCUCGAUGGCGAGCGAGGACGGCGGAGACGCUGGCGGUGUCAUGCAGGGGAAGGAGCUGUAUGAGCUGGAGGUAAUGUUGAGGGUGAAAGAGUCAGAAGUGCAGUAUCUGAAGCAGGAGAUCAACUCUUUAAAAGAUGAGCUGCAAACUGCCCAAAGAGAUAAAAAAUAUGCAACCGAUAAAUACAAGGACAUCUACACGGAGCUGAGCAUCGUACGGGCCAAAGCGGAGCGGGAUCUGGGCCGACUGCGUGAGCAGCUGCAGCAGGCCCAUGAUGCACUGGGUGACCCCACGCUGGAGGACGUGGAGCGCGGCGGUUACGAUAUCAUGAAGUCCAAGAGCAAUCCUGACAUUUUAAAAAUAGCGGCUGCGGCAGCCAAGCGCUCAGAGCGCACCAUGAGGUCAAAGUCUGUGAGUCGUGACAUGUCCUGGGACAGCUAAAGAAUAAACCGAAGACCUUUUGACUUCUGAUUUUAGAGUCUGAAGGAAGGUUUGACGGCUGAGCAGAGGCUUCACUUGUUCGACAACAAGGACACGAAGGACUUCUGACACGGACGCGUCCACCGGCCUUGCUGCAUGUUAAUAAAGACCCAGCGUAUUUUAGCCCAGUAAUUAAUCACUUAGAGACACUGAUCACAGCUACAGCGCAUAUUAAACAUGGUAUGAAGUUUGAGUUUUAUGUCUAUAGUCUGCAUUUCAUGCACUUCAGUUACUGUGACAUUUUGUUCGUGGGUUUUCAUCGCCAUGUCUUAAUGUAAAUACUUUGUUUUUAAUGAAGCAUCUAUCAUGCGUACACUAAACACGACUGUGUAAGCUACUGUUUUAACUCUUUAGUUUGUGUGAAGUGGACUAAGUAACUACGUAACGACUCGACACUACAGAUCGCUGGCGCCGCAGCUAACCGACAGUAGCGUAAUCACGCGUGUGACGCUAGAUGUGCUCCAUAUGCUCUUUAUUGUGAAACGGGAUGCAGAAAAUAGUCAACGCUUGCAUCAUUCAACUGCUGCGUCUCCGAAAGUCUUCGAUCAAGGACCGUUUGUUGACUGUAAGAGACUCGAGAACAGACCUGGAGGGUUCGGGCCGGUCUGAAGGAUGAAUUAUUAAUGGUCCACUCACGAGAUUGGGAGGUUUUUUGUUUCUUCAAGCUGAUAAAGUCUGUAGUGUUGUUCAGUGGCAGUCCUUUGUAUUUAUUUAAAUGUUAUGAAUUUUUGUCUCACAUUUCCAUUCAUCUAUACAUUAUUGUAAAUAUACCGCAAAUGUACACGAACUGACGACAGGUUUAUUAGCAAUAAAUAUUUUUGCACCCUC